AUGGCGAGGCGAUUCGCAGCGGCGACCUUUUCUCGCACCUCGCUGUCCGAGGCGACCGACGACAUCAUGUCCUCGUGGCUGCGACACUUUUCGGGCCGCCGCUCCUCGUCGCCGCCCAGCAGCAGCGGCGCCUGGAACAGUGCGGUCGCUUCCACGCACGGCCACCGGCACCGCUCGUCCGCUGACGGCCGGCACGCCCGACCGGCAUCGCCUGUGCCGUUCACGGUGAGCAACAGCGGAUCGGACUCCCUGCUGACGACGUCGGUGAGCAGCGAGGGAGGCUCGGAGGGCCCGGCCCCAGCGGAGGUGGCCUGGGGUUCCACGCUGUGCCUGGCGCUGAUGGCGCUAACGGCCACCCUCGCCGUGGUCGCUGUCGCACUGGGCGCCACGCACAUGGUAGCCACGGGCGAUUUGUCGACAGCAGACAGGGGGCAGCACCACGUGGACGCGCCGCAAGUAAUACAGUCGGAGAAGCAGCGCACGGGCUCACCCACGGUGGCGCCAUCUACAAUCCUGCCCAAGGGGGACGCUUUCGAGAGCGAGCCCGAUGGGGCGACCACGUUCGGCGCUCCGGUCGCCUUCACGCCUACCGUCGAAGACGUCUUCGCUGCCGCCAAGCGCAAGUCAACCGCGGACCCUCGGGGCGCCGAUAAUCAGGAGCGGAGCCCGUGCGACGGCGUGUUCUACACGUACUGCGCCAGGGCCCCGCCACAGUUCCUGUACGACGCGCGCUCCCAGACCUGCAUCGAGUCCGGUCGGGACGAGGUGCAGCUGUGCAACCACAGCCCCAACCGGUUCGCCACCAAGGCGGACUGCGCCAGGAGCUGCGUGCACGGCUUUGCACAGGCCGACAGGUGCUUCGACACGCCCGUCUUCGCAAAGUGCACCAGGCAUGACGUGAAGGUGAAGCAGUGGUACUUCACGGGCCGCACCUGCGCCAGUUGGCCCUUCUGGCGUGGCCGUUGCCCCGGCAACGAGACGCGCACGUUCGCCACGUUCGCCGACUGCCUCCAGCGCUGCGUCACCGGGGCGAAAGAGGGAAAGCGGCCCUGCGAGCCCCUGGACACCGGCAACGCGAGGACGUGCAGUCUGCAGGAGCUCAGCUACCCGUACUUCGCCGACAGCGUCGGGGACCACGUGCGCUGCCUGGCGGCCUCGGUGGCGGGAUUGGCGAGGCACCGAUGCCUCGCGGGCACCAACCGUUUCGCCACCAAGGCCGCCUGCCACAGGGCGUGCGUCCAGGGCUCCGACGACGGCGUUCUCGAUUUAGGCUGGUACUGAGACCCACUAUAAAGUUCUUGCGCAUACGA